CCAGAGCUGAAGUCUGAACUCCACCUUGAGGCAGAAUGAGGUUCACCCUGGGAUCUCUGCUGCUCAUGCUGCUGGUCUGCAGCCUCCCUCCAGUCCAUGGUGUUCUGGAGGCCUACAAUACAAACUUAAAGUGUAAAUGCAUCCAAGAGACCUCAGGCAUUAUCCUGAUCCAGCACAUUGACAAGCUUCAGGUCUUCCCUCCUGGGAAUGGGUGCCCAAACAAAGAAGUCAUAAUUUGGAAAAAGAAUAAGUCAGUCCUAUGCUUGAACCCUAACUUGAAAUGGACACAAAGAUUAAUAAAAAUAUUACAGAGAAAAAAUGCUACUUCAACUCGACCAGCUCCAGUGCUUAAGAGAAAGAUCAAGUGAUGCCAAUAUCCCCACUAAGGACACCUGUAUUCCCCCGAACCUGCUCUGGGUUUUAGUUCUGUAUUUGGAUGAACCUUUCUGAGAAAAAGAACUUCUCCAUAUAAGGAAGCAUGAAAAUAUAUGUAAAAUAACACUGAGCAGCUUAUGGGGCCAAGUUGGGCUUUUUGAAAAAUAUGGUACCCUAUAUACUUGGGCUUUGCAUUCUCAUUCAUCACAGAGGAAAGUUUCUUUGAGGGUAGUUACUUAGUAAUAAAUCACAUAGGUUUCUCUUAAUAGUAUAUCUAUUGCUUAGUGCUAAAUUUUCCUAGAAAAUAAGGCAAUAAGAAUUUAAACCUCAAAUCUGAACAUGUGGCUUGAGUUAAGAAAGAAAUGAUGGAAUUCACUUCAAUCAUUUUACACUGUAAGAAAAGCAGGCUUCCAUAAGAGACUUGAAACCUGCCUGGGAAACCCAGGGAACUUUAUGAGACAGAGGGCUCUCAUAGUUGAUACCUUCCAUUUAAAAGCUCAGUAUUGAG